AUGGCGGCGCCCAACCGGAGAGGUGGCAGCGGCCGGAAGAAGACCGUCAUCCGCCGGAUCGAGCAGGAGGAUGCCCGGUACGUCUGCUACUCCAAGCGCCGCAUGGGGUUAUUCACCAAGGCCACGGAUCUGGCGGUCCUGACCGGCGCCCAGGUGGCCGCUCUCGCCUUCUCUCCCACCGGCAGGGCCUUCUCCUUCGGCCACCCAUCCGUCGACUCCGUCGUGGAACGCUUCCUGGCGGGGGAGGCUGCGGGGGCUGCCGCGAGGGAGGAGGGCGCUGCCGACGACCGCUUGCUGGCGGGGGAGGGCGCGGGGGAGGGCGCUGCCGGCGAAGACAAGAAGCUCGAGAACCUGCUCCAGGAGUUCAACGAGCUGCGCACGGAGCUGGCCGAGGUGAAGAAGUGGACCAAGCGCACGGACAAGGCCAUGGCGAAAGAGCGCUCUGCGGGGGACCAGAUAGCGGCUUGGUUCGACCCCAAGGUGCGCGACAUGGGGGACGAGGACAUGGCGGCCUUCUUUGCCGCGCUGAUGCAGGUAAAGAACGACGUCUCCGACCGCGCCAACCAGGUUCUCCUCGAGGCGAUGCACGUCCACCUGAGCCGCAUGGCGGAGGUGGCGCUGCCGCCGCCCCAUAUCUUCGGUGACAGCACCUUCGAGUUCGGUAGCAGCAGCGGCACCGCCAACGACGGGAUGGAGUUCCAGUUUCUGGUGCCUCCGCCACAGGAGCAGGGGUUCGAGGCCGGGAUGGAUAUGCAGCAGAUGGUGAUGGCGGCGCUGCCUCCGUCUCAGGUGGUGGCCGCCGGGGUGGAUAUGCAGGAGAUGCCUCCGCCGCCGGGGUUGGCCGCCGGGAUGGAUAUGGAGCAGAUGCAGAUGACGAUGCCUAAGCCGCCGGGGUUCGACGCAGGGCUAGACAUGGAGAUAGACCAAUGGCUUAAUGUGAUGCUGCCGCCUCCGGAGAUCCCUGCCGGGAUGGAGACGGUGCAGCAGGGGCUCCAUCAACCGAACGCCGGCUUCCCGUACUGAGAUCCCGAGUCCAGUGCAUGCAUAUCUACGCUACGCUGCUGCUCCUAGGGUUUCGUAUGCGUUUACAUAUGCAUCUUCGACUUAAGUCUUGGCGUUAAUCUUUUUUUUUUUUGGGUUUGAAAUGAAGUCGUCGCGUCAAUCUUUGGUACAUGCUGUGCAUCUACCCUGGAUCAGGACGAAAUUAAAUAUUUCGUCAAUAUUUUUAUUAGGUCAUUUCCUUUCCUUAUCAUGCAUAUCCGUAAUUACUGGGUUGUAAUCUGCACCGAUAUGAAUGAAAUACAAAGGUCGAUCUGUGCUGGAUACAUCUAUCUAUUAAUUACUGUGUAUACUAUUACUAAAAUAAGGGACAAACGAGCCAUCACAUGCAUUCACAUAAUCUACAAUUUUGACACCGUUUAUCAGAAUUUUUAAUGCUGAGAUUUAAAAGAUUAAAAAAUUACAUACGACUAUAUUUGGUACAAACAAGUCACGUCAGAGGAGGUACAUCCAUAUGACAUAUGUAUAUGCAAACAAAAAUAUACAUGCAAAAACCGCAUGGGACAUGUGGUUAGCAAAUUCAAAAUUCGUAUACAAUACACGUGCAAUUUUUUUUUAAAAAGAGAUACCAACAUGCAACAUUUGUUUUUCGAAAAGGGGACAGGGCCCCGGCCUCUGCAUCAGAACGAUGCAUACGGCCAUAUUAUUAAGAAUAAUCCAAAAGGUUCCACAAAGGUUUUCCGCUCUGAAAAACAGAAAAGCUCACAAAGAGCAAAAGAACAUAACAGGAAAAGCCACAACCGGCAGGCAAAAUAAAAUAAGAUAGGAACCUCAAAACCUAUCCUAUUACAUGACCGCUAUCCAAACCGGUUGAAGAUAUCCCGAGCUACCAUCUCCUAACGGACAGAUCCAGUAACCAAACGCUCCCUGGCCUCCGUCGGAGUGAGUAGCGACCACAUACGGAUCCGUGUAGUGGCCCGGAAGAUAACCUGCAAGAAAUGAAUAUUUGUUGUUCUGUUAAAAACCAAAUCGUUUCUGCAGUCCCAAACAGCCCAUAAUAAAGCACAUACUCCAACACGUAUAUGUUUCGCAGUCUCGGAGCCUAACCCAUCUAACCACGUCCCAAAUAACGUGUUAAUGGUAUUCGGAGGAGUAAUAUUAAAAGCUAAGUGCACCGUCCGCCAUAAUUUUUUUGCCAAGGGACAAUCGAGAAAGAGGUGUUUGAUGGACUCAUCCUUAUCACAGAAACUACAUCUUGUAGAUCCUGUCCAAUUGCAUUUCACCAGAUUAUCCUUAGUUAGAAUGACUUGUUUAUGUACAAACCACAUAAACACUUUGAUUUUCCACACAUGUUUCGAACGAGGAAUCACACUAGAGUUGAUAACAUCCAAAUACAUGGACUUAACCGAAAACUCUCCAUUCUGUGUGAGCUUCCAAAUCAACCGGUCUGGUUGUUGGGAAAGCUCGACCUCCAUCAGUCGUCGUACUAAGUGUAACCAAGCUUCCCAACGAUUUCCCGCUAGCGUUCUUCUGAAUUGGAUAUUCAGAGGGUUAGACUGUAAUACUGUUGCAACAUAAGCUUCUCUUCGCUGCACAAUAUUAUAGAGAGAGGGAUACUGGAGUCCAAGGGGCGUCUCCCCAAGCCAAGUGUCCUCCCAGAACCUCGUGGUAGUACCAUUUCCAACACAAAUUUUGUCCUGUUGAAAAAGGCUGAUUUCACUCUCAUCAGUCCUUUCCAAAAAGGCGAAUCAGUCGGCCUCACUCUCACCUGGGACAAUGUUUUGGAGUUAAGGUACUUAUUGCGCAAUAUUUGCGCCCACGUGGCCUCCGUCUCUACAGAUAGCUUAAACAACCAUUUGCUGAGUAAACAUCUGUUCUUCACCUCUAAGUUUUCAAUACCGAGACCCCCUUGGUCUUUCGGUCUGCAAAUAAUAUCCCAUUUCGCGAGUCUGUAUUUACGUUUUAAUUCAUCACUUUGCCAGAAGAAUCGAGAUCUAUAGAAGUCUAGUCUUUUCCUGACACCCACUGGUAUCUCGAAAAAAGACAA